AUGGGUUCGGACGCACGCCCGGAUGAAGGCCUACCGGAGAGCUCCAGUCGCCAGCCCGCGUCUCAGACACCAUCCAUAACACCUUCACACUCCGAUAAACCAAGAAAGCCCUCUGUAACGCGUCGCAUGUCUUCCAAACGGCAGAUCCCUCACAAAGGUCAGGAAUUUUCUACCGAUGAUGAUCUUAAAGAAAUCGAGGAGGACAUUGCUUUGCAGCACGCGUCGAAUCCUCAAUCUUCGCCGCGAAUACGUCCAUUGAGAAAGCAGAGCUCGACUUUGCGAAGGAGGUUGAACACCCGUCCCAGUCCUUUGGCACGAGCAGAGUCCGAUAACGAGAGUGAAGAUGAAUCAGCUUUGCCGGAACCCAGCUUGGAGGGUUCUGGCCCUGAUUUGGCCUUACAACAAGAUGAGAGCAGGAGCCAGGAUAGUGCUGAUCAGGACAAUGAUGAUGAUGUUGACCGUGACCAUCAUGAUGACGAUGACGAAGAUGACGAAGAGACCAGUGAUGCAGAAAGUUUCACACUAAAAGAUCGUCAGCAGGCAAUCAAUGAAACACAUCCUUUCGGAAUCAGGCUUUGGAAACCCGCCUUGUACAAGAAGAGUCGCUCUGUGGAAAAGACGGCUGAAGGUGACAUUCACUCGUCGCCCGGGGGUCGAGUAGGGAAUCUAUUGUUCCUGACAAACCUGCUGUGGACCUUGUUUUUUGGAUGGUGGCUUGCCCUUGCUGCACUGGCCGGUGCCACCGCUUGCUUCAUUUUCGCAUACUCUCCAAGUGCGCGUGCCUAUGGGAAAGUCUUUUCUGGACUUUCAUGGUAUCUUUUUUACCCAUUCGGAUCCUUUGUACGCCUGGAGACUGAUGAGCACUAUGCGGAAGAAGAUGAAGGUGAAGGGCGCAGUAUCAGCGAGUAUGAGCAAUGGCAGAACGGUGAUCUAGAGCACGGAGGGCUCUUCUUCGGCCCCCGCCGUGACCGAUCCCUCGUUGGUAGGAGGAGGAGCAGUGUCGAUUCGGCCAGUGAACGAGAUAGCCUUCUUGGACGGCCACAACGAGGUCAUCAUCGAACUAGUUCCCUGGGGCACCCCAAGCGACGCCUGUUCGGCCGAGGCGAAUGGACAUUGGGCCGGGUCGUAUUCUUUGUUUUUUUCUACUUUCUCGUUGGACCAUUGAUGCUCAUGGUGUCCCUUAUCUGCUGGUUUCUUGUUUUCUGGAUUCCAAUGGGGCGCGUAACGAUCACCCUAUUCAGUCAUCUCCGUCGUCAUCCUCUAGCUUUGGCAUUCCAUUCUGACACGGCAUACACCCGGCUGAAUCCCAACACCUCCUCGUCCAUUGUCUUGUGCACAUACCGUGCAGCUGGGCUGCGAUACUGGAAGUACACGAUUGAUGGGACGAACAUAUUCUUGAUCAACCUUCUUGGUGUCGUAGUAUUCGUUAUAUUUGACUAUUUGCUUCUAGAUGCUACUCUGGGCUUGCAGAGUUGGUUGACACAUCCUGGCCUGAUAUUCACGCUCGCCUUAGCGUCCAUUAUUCCCCUGGCGUAUUUCAUUGGGCAAGCCGUCGCAUCGAUUUCUGCGCAGUCGUCCAUGGGCCUGGGUGCCGCCAUCAAUGCAUUCUUCUCAACCGUGGUAGAGGUUUUCCUUUACUGCGUAGCUUUGACCGAAGGCAAAAGCCGUCUUGUCGAAGGCAGUAUUAUCGGCAGCAUAUUCGCGGGCAUCCUGUUCCUUCCUGGAUUAUCUAUGUGCUUCGGCGCAAUCAAACGUAAGACCCAGAGAUUCAACGAUAAAUCUGCGGGAGUCACAUCAACAAUGUUGAUGUUCGCUGUGAUUGCUGCCUUUGGCCCUACUCUAUUUUAUCAAAUUUAUGGCAGUCAUGAAUUGAACUGCAUCUCCUGCACUAUUCCAGGGGAUUCGGGAGACAAGGAUUGCCGCCGCUGUUAUUUCUCUCAAACUCCAGCCGUCGAUGAUGGAUUCUUUCGCAAGGCGGUUCAGCCUUAUUCAUGGUUCGCGGCUUUGUUUUUGUUUUUGUCAUAUGUAAUUGGCCUAUGGUUUACUCUCAGGACUCAUGCUGCGCUCAUAUGGGCUACAGAAGCUGAAGAGAAAAAGGCCGCGGCUCUUGCAAAUGAGUCAACCGCUUAUAAUCAACAACAACUUCUUUUCCCCAAUGGACUGCAAGGCGCCACCAGCGGGAAUGCUGGUUCAAAGGGCUCGAUACGUGACUCACAGCUAUACAAGCGGAUCUUAGGACAGUCCCUCAAGCAAGUUGGCUUGUCCGAUAACGCCUCAUCGGAAGCUUGGGGCCAGCCAGAAGCAAGUUCGGCGCGAGAUAAGACUAUGACACCAUACCUCGUUCCUCCACGGCUUGAGGGAGAUGACAAGCGUUCAGGUCUGAAGAGCUUCAGGGGUUUGUCUGGCGAAGAAAAUGAGAACUUAGUCCGCCAGGUCACUGAACUUGCAGCGACAGCAGCAGCAGUGGCUGCUCGUGACGCGGCUCGCUCACGGAAGCCAUCUCUUCAGCAAGGCCAAGCGCGCCAAAGUCCUUGUACCAUUAACAAAACACCCGCCGAUCAAACGAAAGUUGCUCUAGAAGAACCUGACGAUGUUGGACUUGAGCCUGCCCAGGCCAGCGGUGGACACGAUGCCCCCAAUUGGAGCAAAGCCAAAAGCUCAGUCGUUCUUCUAGGUGCCACGGUGCUCUAUGCGAUAAUAGCUGAAAUCCUCGUCAAAAAAGUCGAUGUGGUGCUAGAAAGCGUCAACGUUGACGAGAAAUUCCUUGGAGUCACUCUUUUUGCCUUGGUGCCGAACACUACUGAAUUCUUGAACGCUAUUUCUUUUGCCAUGAACGGCAAUAUUGCUCUGUCCAUGGAGAUUGGAUCGGCCUACGCGCUGCAGGUCUGCCUAUUGCAGAUACCAGCCCUAGUUCUAUUUAGCGUCAUCUAUGCCACCUUCUGGGAGCCGUCUGAGCUUUUGAAGCAUUCAUUCAACCUUAUCUUCCCUCAAUGGGACAUGGUCUCGGCUAUCCUUUGCGUGUUCCUCCUAUCAUACGUGUAUGGAGAAGGAAAGAGCAAUUACUUCAAAGGCUCUAUUCUCGUGCUAACAUAUCUGGUCGUUGUUAUCGGUUUCUACCUAUCCGGUUACAACAAUAUCGAAAACAUGGGCGUGGAUCGCUUCAAUACGCUAGCCCUUAAACCCGAAACCUUCUACACGAUUGGAAGAUCAGGAAAUGGGAUCGCCUACUGA